AAUAAUAAUAACAACUCAAUAUACCACAAAUCUUAACGUUGGUAACAAUAAUAAUAAUAACAAAGGCCAAAACCCCCACGAGCCCUCAUUAAAACAGAACCAAACUCCUCUUUUUUUAAAAAAAAAUCUCUGCCACUAACAAUGGAGAAGCAUGUUUACUCGCUUGUGUCUAUCCUCUUCCCCCUGUUGCUGAUUUUCACCGUCCCUUCCGCCGGUCGCCACCCCAAGGCCAAGCACCCGGCGGCGGCGGCGGCGGCUGGGCCCCCACGUUGCCUGAACUGCGGCCCGAUGGUGGUUCCCUACCCGCUAAGCACGGCCCCGAAUUGCGGCGACCAGUCGUAUAAAAUACGCUGCGUUUUGGGGAAACUGUACCUCGAUACGCUCCAUGGAUCAUCUUAUAUAGUCACCUCGAUCAACCCGUUAACCCAGCGGGUAAUUCUCCAACCUCCUGGCCUCGCAAAUCCAGCGGUUUGCGCCUCAGUGGACGCCUCGAAACAGGGUCUCGAGCUCGACCCCAAACUCCCCUUCAGCAUCACUUCCAGCAACACUGUCUUGCUCUUUAGCUGCCCUGAUGCUAUGUUGCAGGCUCCAAUGGACUGUACAGCAGAUAGCAUAUGCCAUGUCUAUGCCAAGGACAAUGCACCGGCUUGUUCAAAGGCUCCUUUGUGUUGUACCUUCAAGACGGGUGGAACACAAACGGCUUACACGAUCAGGAUCAAUGGUGGCGGCUGCUCGGCUUACCAAAGCUUUGUCGGGUUAGACCCGAGCAAAGGGGUGCCUCCGGGCAAGAAGUGGCCCGAGCCAGGGCUGGAGUUACAGUGGGCAUUACCCAAGGAGCCUGUCUGCAAAUCUGAUGCGGAUUGUACUGUCAUGUUGGCUAAAUCCAAAUGCUUGGCUGACCCAUCGAGCCCUGGGCUGAAACGAUGCUCCUGCAAAAAGGGUCUCGAGUGGGAUCCCGUCAACGGAAUGUGCGGGAAGUGCAGCCAUGGGAAGCGCUGCAAGAAAAAGAAGAAAACCGUUGUUUUUGCAGGUGCUGCUGCUGCUGCGGCUGUGGGGAUAUCACUCGCCAUUGCUGUAGGGGUUAUAGCAUAUAACCGUAGUGACCAUAAAGUGAAGAAAGAAAACCAUAAGAACAUUGUCAAGGAGAGGGAAGAGAUGCUGAGUGCAAAAUAUACCGGAAAGUCGGCGAGAAUCUUCACAGGCCGAGAGAUAAUAAAAGCAACCAACAACUUCUCCAAAGACAAUCUUAUAGGAACCGGAGGAUUUGGGGAAGUGUUUAAAGCCGUUCUUGAUGACGGAACCAUCACAGCGAUCAAACGAGCAAAGCUGAACAACACAAAGGGAACCGAUCAAAUCCUGAAUGAAGUAAGAAUUCUGUGCCAAGUUAACCACCGGAGCUUAGUUAGGCUUCUGGGCUGUUGUGUGGAGCUCGAGCAGCCAUUGUUGAUCUACGAGUUCAUCCCCAAUGGCACGUUAUUUGAACAUCUCCAUUGCAACAUCAAUGGAAAAUGGAGACCAUUGACAUGGAGGCACCGCCUGCAAAUAGUUCACCAGACAGCUGAAGGCCUGGCUUAUCUCCACUCUGCAGCAGUGCCACCCAUUUACCAUAGAGAUGUAAAAUCCAGUAACAUCUUGCUCGACGAGAAACUUAGCGCUAAAGUUUCCGACUUUGGGCUCUCCCGGCUCGUGGAUUUGACGGAAACCAACAAUGAAAGUCACAUCUUCACCUGUGCCCAAGGAACACUGGGAUACCUUGAUCCAGAAUACUACAGGAAUUUCCAACUAACCGACAAGAGCGAUGUGUACAGCUUUGGGGUUGUUCUGCUGGAGAUUCUCACAUCGAAAAAGGCCAUAGAUUUCACCAGACAAGAAGAAGAUGUGAACCUCGUGAUGUACAUGAACAAGAUGAUGGAUGAAGAAAGAUUGAUGGAAUGCAUUGAUCCGCUGCUGAAGAAGACGGCUAACAAAGUUGAACUGGAGACAAUGCAGUCACUUGGCAACUUAGCGGCAGCGUGCCUCAAUGAGCGGAGGCAGAAUCGUCCAUCGAUGAAAGAGGUUGCUGAUGAGAUCGGAUACAUCAUAAGCAUUCUCACGAGAGAAGUCUCCGAGGCACAGUUGUCUUAGGA